UUUCAUCAGAUCAGACUUUCAGAAAAGGGGAAUCGACACGCGCAGUAUUAGCUGGCAAAGUCGCGGUGACACCCCCUGCGCAUGCUGCCUUGUCAACAUCUCUAAUGGGUCACGGACUGUCACACUGUAUGACACGAACCUCCCCGAUGUGACGGCUGACGAUUUUGAAAGAGUGGACCUGACCCAGUACAAAUGGAUUCACUGGGAGGGCAGGAAUGCAGAGGACCAAGUGAAAAUGAUCCGGAGAGUGGAGGAACACAACAAGACCCGUGACCCGAUGCAGCGCAUCUCCAUGUCUGUAGAGAUUGAGAAACAGAGGGAGGAGUUAUACCAGCUGUUCUCGUACGGUGACCUG